ACUUCCUGAAUUCAGUGAUAGUAGAUCUGCAAAGGAGAAAUGAAGAACUGAACUUGAAAAUACAAAGAAUGUGCGAAGCAGCCCUCAACGGCAAUGAAGAGGAGACAAACAACUACGACAGUGAGGAAGAAAGCCUGUCGAAGAAGAAGCCUCGUCUCUUCUGCGAUAUCUGCGGCUGCUUUGACCUUCACGACACCGAGGACUGUCCCACCCAGGCGCAGAUGCUGGAGGAGCCUCCUCACUCGGCUUACCACGGCAGCAGGAGGGAGGAGCGCCCCUACUGCGACACCUGCGAGAUGUUUGGGCACUGGACAGCCGACUGCAACGACGACGAGACCUUCUAGUGCAGGGGCAGGAGGUCGGACUGUCUGUGCGCGCUGAGCGGACACUUCACACCACCAGCAUUUGCGUGUGCUGAAUGUCAGGAAAAGGGACGGCGUUUGUUGACCCCGUGCUCCCAGUCCCUUUGCCCAUCCACUCCAGAAUCAGUAAAUUGAUAAAUAUUCCCCCCCUCCACUAAUAAACGCCCUAUUUCCCUUUAUUAAACUUAACUGAAAUAUAAAUAAAUGAUUUAAUAAAUGACUUUAUGCCGUUUCCUCCCAGGUUCUGGGUUUGUUGCAGCUCCUAACCAGCCCCGCCCUCGCGCUGGUGCAGCUGCUGCUGGGAAGCCGUGUAUAGAACGAAGCCCUAGAGUUAUAUUAAAGCUUAUUUAAGUACCUU